GGGGCCCAACGCUUCAACACUCCUAACAAACAAUGAAAUAACUAAUCAAAGUAUGGGGUUUAGGGUCAUUGAUCGUUCCAAGGCCUGUACUCGCCGUUUGAACAAGCAUUCUGACGCGAAUUACCGCCAGUUCUGACGAAACAGAUUAAAUCGGCCCCUCGAUUCCCUGCAGGACACAGGGUUGCAUCGCCCUCGACCAUCCCAGUCCUACUUACUACCGUACCGUUCCGAUACAAUUCCAUUAUGGCCGAUGUGCGCGCCCUCCUACGGCAACAGCGCGUCGCGCGCCGCAUAGAGCACCCGCAUGCUGCAUACUCGGACGCCGGCAAGCUCAUGUGCACCGUGUGCAACGAGCACGUCAAGACUGAGUUGCUCUGGGACGGCCAUCUGAAGAGCACUGGCCACCGACAACGGCUGCAGACCCUACACCAAGAGUCAGUGAAGAAGGGGGCCAAUGGAUACGCCGGGUUCGUGGACGAAACCGCAGACCGAGAUGGCCCGGCGGCCCGGUCGAACAAGCGGAAGCUGGCCGAUGCAGAAGACGACAAUAUGGCCGACCACGAACCCGAAUCACCCCGAAGUAAACGUAGCAAAGCCAACGCUCCGUCCCCAGAGUCACCGCAACUCGAGACAGGGGCGACACCGGCAAAGAAAGAUGGCGGCAGCAAGUCAGGAAAACCGACAACACCGCCUCUGGGCCGCCGAAUAUCUGGCACCCCUACCAUCGGCGUCGAGAUGCAAAUUCCGUCGCGUCCGGCGACCCCCAGCAGCGGUGGUACACCAGUCGUUACCACUCCCAAGGCAGCACCCAUCGGCCGGUCACCGUUGAUACCGGACGCGCUAGCAAUGCCGGAACAACAGGCGCCCGCGACAGCGCCAUCAGCAGCAACCGCGGACUCACAACCGGCAGCCGACACGACAACAUCAGCACGGGCAGAGAUUACCGACGACGUAUGGGCCGCAUUCGAGGCAGAUCUGAUUCACGGUUCGGCAGCAGCUAGCAGCGCCAAGCCAUCAGCCGCCGCAGCGCUGGAAAGCGAUGCGGUCAUCUCGGCGCCGGCCAUGAGCGCAGCCGAGCUAGCAGCCAAGUCAGAGGAGGAGGAGAGGGCGAGGCGGCGGGCGCUGGUGGAUAUCCAGAUCGAGGAUGAGAAGGAGGACGCGACACGGGCGUUGGAAGACGAGUUUGACGUCAUGGAGGAGCUCGAGGCGAGGGCAAGGAGGCUGCGGGAAAGGAGGGAAGCAUUGAGGGUUCAAAGUAAUGGCGGGGUUGCCCCUGCCGCUGCAACAGAUGGUGAAGCCAAGGGCUUUGCGCCAGGCAAGGAGAAUGGUACUGUGGAAGAGGACGAGGAAGGUGACGAGGACGACGAGGACGAUGAGGACGACUGGGAUAGUUUCCGGUUCCGUGCAUAAAGAUGGUGGUCCAACGUCUACAUCUGUUCUUGAAUGUGGCUUGGUUUAGGAAACGGGCUGUACCCAUUACUUGUGCUUAUCACGGUACGUCCUUUAAUAUGCCAGCGCCUGAGGGCUGCUAUAAGCAUCUAUUCGUCACA